AUGAAAUUAAUUAAAAUUAAUUAUCAACUUUUAAUUAUUCUACAAAUGUUUUUAUUUAUUUUUUGUCUGAAAACUUCUUCUAAUUUUUUAAAUUUGGCAAUUUCUGGCACUUCAACAAUUAUUAAUUCAAAACCAAAAGAAUAUUUAAAUGAAGAAAAGUUUGAAAAUAAAAUUGGAAAAAGAAAACAAAGAGAAAAUAUAGAAAAUAAUAAUAACAUCCAUCCAACUGUUGGGUAA